UGUUGCCCAGCGUAUCGUGGGCCUGAUCUAGAACAACGUUGCCAUGAUAGACCAAAGAGCGAAGCAUACAAAUAUUACUGCACAGCGCGUGAUGUUUUGAACACCAUUUUUUUUUUCCGGGUCAUAGUUCACUGUUGACAGAUAAACAGUACUUAGUUUGGGUAGCGGAAUAAAGAGGGGGUUGCGUUUGCACUGCUCAUACGUUUAAUAAGACGGCGAACGUCUCCGUUAGGUAUGAUCUGCUCGGUAUGGUAGAGAAACAGGACAAUGACAUGGAGGAAGCGGAGCAGGUUCAUCUGCUCAUGAAGAAGGAGCAUCGAAUUUCACGAAACGUGCGGUUCGCCUGGUUCCUCAGCAAGCUGAACCACAUCAUUCGCCCAGUGACCAAGACGGAGCUCCUGAACUCGGACAAUGAACUGGAUGUGCUCAGCAUCCUCCCGAAGGGUUGGCAGCCAGAUUCCACCCCCUCCACCCAAAUGUAUCACCUAGUACCAUCUACUCAAGUGACUUUUCUAGCCCGCCGAUACCGCUUCAUCAUUGAGCUGGACUUAAGUCCCUCUACAGGGAUUGUGGAUGACAGCACGGGCGAGAUGAUAUUUGAUGAAGUGUUUCACGCCCUGUCCCGGUGCUUGGCAGGCAUGAGCAGACCUUUUAAAGUUCCUGGGACAGAUCUCAUAUUCCAGCCAGAAAUCUUUAUCACCAUCCUUGCCUACUCUUCAGUCAUUGGACUAAAUUCUCACCAGGUUUUGGUGCAAGGUUGUCAACUGGAUCGUAUUGAUUUGGAACAGUUCUUACAUCACAUCUACCAGAAGCUCAGGGAAGUGGAAAACAGCAUUGCGGAAGUCCUUCAGCAGCAGCAACCUCGAGCAAGAGGGCAGUUUGAUGAUGGUACUAUGGGGUUUGGGAUCACAAAUAUCACAGAAGAACAGCCUCAGAGAAAGCUAGGCGUUUCAGUUGUGACUGCUGAUAUGGGACUGGUCAGUAUGAUUAGACAAGGCAUUCUCGCUCUGCAACUUCUACCCCCAAACUCCAGUGCAGGGAUAAUAAUCAUCACAGAUGGAGUGACCAGUGUUCCUGAUAUUGCUGUGUGUGAAACCAUUUUGAACCAGCUGAGGAGUGGAACCAUUGCCUGUUCAUUUGUCCAGGUGGGAGGAGCAUACUCUUAUGACUGCAGUUUUGGCUACAUUCCUAAUGUGGAACUGAUGAAAUUCAUCUCUAUGGCCACCUUUGGAUCCUAUCUGUCCGUCUGUCCUGAGCUGGAUGAUUCCAGUCAGGAGAUUAAUGCAUAUCAUAAGGCUUUCCUCACUUACUCCUUCCUGAAGACCAGUGAGUCUAUGAACCCUGAGUACUACUGUGCUUCCCAGCACAAGCUCUUCAAUGAACACCUAGUUUCCGCAAGUGGGAACCCUGCUCUGAUCAUGCGCAGGAAGAAGCACACGGAAAAAGAGGUGCACGCCCACCUGGUCAGUGUGGUAUCUGUAAGGCUGAGAGAAGGCUACUCUAUUCGUGAGAUUAACCUUACUAAAGGUGGCACUCAACUGGAGGUUAAACUUGUCCUUUUGUGGAAACACAACAUGCGCAUUGAGUACUUGGCUGUGGCCCCCUGGCCUCUGGAACCUGGAAAGCGCACAACGUGGGUAGAGGUGACCAUGGAAGGCAGCUAUGAUAUACUCCAUGACAUUAGUUGUACUAUGAGGAAGCCCAUCACUAGUCCGUACCGUACUUCUGUCAUACGGCGCUUCUGGAACACGUUGCAGAGCAUAAACCAGACGGAUCAGAUGCUGGUCCAUUUGCAAUCUUUCAAUUCGUUACCGGAGCACUACACUAUCCCAGAGAGUACUAGAAAUGGAGUUCCUCUCUUCUAUAUACCUCCUGGAUCUACCACACCAGUAUUAUCCCUCCAGCACAGUGUGUCAAAGGAUUCUAGUCAGUCCCAGUUUGCCUGCUACUGGAAACCGAUUCUUUCUAUGGAUGCCAACUUUUGGCAGAGAUGGUUGCACAUGCAUCGCAUCACCAUUAUCCUUGAACAUGACAUCCCUGUCCCAAAGCAUCUGCACACUGCAGGGAGCAAUGGACGUUUCAGUACAAUCCAGUGUCGAAUUUCCCAUUCUGCUCUUACCUCCCUCUUGCGAGACUGGAGCAGCUUUGUUCUGGUGGAGGGAUACUCUUACAUCAAGCUCAUUUUCAGUUCAGUUGACCAGCCUCCCACCAGCUUCUACCUGGUGCGUCUGAUCUCCAAGGCUCCUUGUAUGGUCCUUCGCUUGGGCUUUCCUAUAGGGACCGUUUCUCACACCAGGAACAAGAUUGUGGAUGAGCUGCGGGAACAAAUCCUCAGACUUCGGUUUCCUCACCGUGUCCAAAAUAAAGAGGCUACUCCAAAGGUUAAGAGAAAGAUCCUGGGGCAUGCAUCCCCUUCUAAAUCACCACCUCUUCCCGCAACCAAGCCUACGCUGUCAGACCGGCCUUGUGUUGUUGUGCUCAACAAGCCUUUGGAGAAGCUUCUGAUCAGGUAUGAGAAGCUCCCAUCAGAUUACCGGACUCCUUUCAUUCUGAACAUGGAGCACUUUGUCCAGGCUCCCACCUUGUCAGCUCCUCUUACUAUGGCUGCCAGUCGCACGGUCUCCUCAACACUGGCAUCGCUGUCCCGCUAUUUUCUGCAUAAGCGCUGGGUAUGGUCAGUGCAGAACAGCCUGGGCCCUGCUGUCUCCCUACAGGCUGUGGCUCACAUACUGGCCUUGCUCUCGGAGAUUCGUCUGUCAGAAGGGUUUCAUUUUGCUGCUAGCGGUGAAGGCAUUGUCAACAUGGUGACAGAGCUGCCAAUGAAGGGCAUGCAGACAACAACAGAUAGAGAGAGUUACAGUUGCAUCGUUCAAUACAUCCUCUUUCCCCCUCAUUCCACUUCCACCAAGGACAGUUUUUCUACAGAUGAUGACAACGACACGGAGGUUGAGGCUAUUGACCUGGACACUGAAUUGAACCUUGUGACUGAGUGUUGGAUAGAGCCCCAGUGUGGAGUGGUGUGGAGCUCCUCUGAGCAGCACAGACACCUUCAGGGGCUAACUUACCAGGAAAUUCCUCAAGCGAUUUUUCCACAGGAUCUGAUCUGCAUGUCUACCAUGAUGACUUUUGAAUACCUGAGCCAACUGUGUCAGAACAAAGGCCAAGUCUAUCCAUUGUGUGGAGCCAGUAGUGUUGGGGGAAACAUGACUGGAACUGAUGAAUGCAUCCAGAUGGUUCCUUUCCAAUUUGACCUCAUCAAGCUGCUCCCCAAAUGCCAGCAAAUUGAGAUCUCCUUCCUCACACUAGUGGAACUGGAAGAUCAGCCUCCCAGCUCUUCUUGUUUGCCCAAUGAGUUAUUGGUCAGCCUCUUCCACAACUGUUUGCAGCAGGACCUUAGUGAUCGUGAGAUCCCAUUGACAGAUGCUGACAAUGUGACAUUUAUGCAGCAUAUCAUACAGAGGACUCAAAAUGGACAUCUGACACCUCCUUCAAGACCUGCUGUAAAUGAAGAAUGCCUGAAGUUUCCAGAAAGACAAGAUACUGUGACAUCGUUCCUUGCCAGUGGAAGCAGUAAGGAUGUCACUGGGUCUGCCAGCACUCUACAGAGUUUCAGUAAUGCGGACCUCGUUGAUGCGGACAGUAUGACAACGGACAAUGAGACCCAGUCUCCACACUGGAAGUGUUAUGCAAAAUAUGUUAAUCCUCAUCAGAUAUUUCUAAUAUUCCUCCCUUCCACCUUUGCAGAUGUUCAAAUACUGAUGGAUUCUGGCCAUAUCAGAGAGUCUCAAGGCUCUUGUGACUUGCAAGAGAGUGAGGACACACUUACAAACAGUCAAAAUGAAUUACUGACAGAAUCUUACUCUAGUUUAGUCAUUGAAUCUGAGAACCAAGAGCCUCUUCUUGAUCAUGGACCAAACCCAUGUAAAAAUUGUUCUAAUGGCAGUACCUUUAGCUCAAAGAUGGCACCGCAGUCGCCUGGGUCACAAGCAAAAAGAAUCUCAGACAGUUCAGUUGGGGAAAGUGAGAAAUUUACCGGCUAUGUUUUCCAAGGUUUGGAAGAAAAGGACAGGGUGAAAUUUGCAGAGCCCCAGAAACCGGACGUGCAUAUUCCCUUUGGCUGGCAAGUCUCCCAGCAAAGCUCCACUGAUCUUCCACGUCCUCGUUGCCCUGUUUAUGUAUACAACUGUUCCCUAGAUUCCCUGAAGGAGCAGUUGGUGCACCCCAAUUCUAACAGGCAACCCUCAGAUAUUUUGUUCAGGGCUUUCUCUCAGGAGCGGAGUAGCACAUCUUGGACGGAGCUCAUAGCGCAUCCUCAUAAGCACAAGGAAUUAGCCAACUACUGCAGCUUGCUACAAGAGCACUACCACCAGUGCUAUGUCAAGGGUGUGUACCGCAGCUUGGAGCAAUCUUACAAAGUCAGCUCACAAGAUGUUCUUACGGCUAUGGACUACUGUGAGGAGUCACUACAGGAGAUUGAUCUCAGCCCCUUUCUGCACACACUCUGUGGACACCUUCGAAUCUUCAGGGAGCAGCACGAGCAGUGUGUUUCAACGGAAACACCAGGACUCCCCAGUACUGCCGCAGCUUUCAUUAUUGGGGAUGCUGAUGAAGAAGGGGCAACAGAGCGAGGGCCGUUGGUUUCUUCCUCCAGUAUGGACACUGAAGACAUCAGUGAAGCAGAGUCAAGAGGAAAACCUUCAGCUCCAACCUCACCUCUUAUACUAAAACAAUCCAAAAUCUGCAAAGUCUACCCAGAGUUCCCCCUGUCUACGUUUCAGUUGCAGCAGCACUGUGAGGUCUAUCCUGGUCUGCACAAAAUUAUACAGGACAAAUUCCUUGAAAUUGCUUCGCAGUACUUGAAGACUGUGCCUUCAAACCCACAUUACUUCUUCUAUUGUCCGCCUUCUGCAAAGAAAGAGGAGGACUCGGACAAUGAUGAGAACAGGAGACCCAGUGAAGAGGCAGAGGUAUCAGAAGCUGAGUUUGCCACUGAGGAUGAGAAUGUGUCUGGUUGCUGCAUUGUGACUGAAAGUGACAUCGACUUGGAGGUUGAGUACCGGGAGCAAGCAGACAAGACGUUCCCAGAUAACGAAUCGGUGACGGAUUCCAACACUGUAAAUCAGGAAGAGGAUUCUUUUAGCAUCUUAGAAGGAGACUCUUUGCUCGAACCUGAGGGAGAGGAAUCUGAGAUGCCUCCGCUCUUUGUCCACCUUACAUGCUCUGUGAACAUUAGAAGUUCCCAUGGAUCCAUGCCCGUACAGACACUCCCCACGUGCCUGGGUGAAGUAAUAGCCUGUCUGGAGAAUGUAGAGUCCCUUCAAUCAAUCGAAUUGAAUGACUUGUCUGUCACAUUGGAUGUUUUUGUUCUGACUCUUCCUUUGGAGAUUGAGGUUAUGUCAACAGACUUUCACCACAACAGGUAUGCCUCAGAAAGCAGUGUAUCACUGAACAGAUCUCCUGCUCAACCAUCAUCCUACCGCUCGGAUGAUGAGUUAGGUGGAGCUAUAGAUGGGCUUUGUGGAGUGGAGGUGGACAGGGUUUCAGGAGAUCCUUUGUCCAAACUCCCAGUUCCCCAGAGGAUGGCAGUCUUGGCCACCAUGGAUGAGAUUCGAUGGCUUCUGGAGGAUGAAAUAGUCUCUGCCCUGCGGCACUCCAGGGUUAUCAACACGUCUGUGCUGCAGAAAGUAGCAGACCAUGUGUAUUGUUCCAGUGGGCGGCCACAAUGCCACUACGAAGUGGUGCCCCUUCAGUUUGUGUUUGGUCCCGAGCAAUCCUUGGAAAAGUUUAAGGAGGAAUUUCGUAGGAUCUCCCUUACAGGUUACUUGUUGAAUGCGGAACAAGAUAACUUCUACUAUGUGUCAUUAAGUCGUCUCCACUCCCUAAAGCUUGAAGUCACAGGCAAGCAACCUGCAAGUAUUUUGAAUACUCAUGAAAAGGGUAAGGCUUCGGAGCAAGCCAGUAACUGUGAGGAGGUUGAGGAUGUUGCCAGGGUCAUUCCAAAUGAAAACGAAACUGGGAAAGGACAGGAUAGUCAAAUGGAGACUGAGAAAAUGCAGCAAAGCACUGAGGAUGAAUCAGUACCAACAGAUAACAAGGUUGAAGCUCAGUGUGAACCUAUUCUGGAGCCCAGCAAUCUCAACCAUCUUGAGCAAGAGGAGGACAAAGACCAGAAUGUGGGCAACAGUGCUGGAAAGGAGAAGUCCUGCAGUAAUACUGGCAGCACAGACAAGACUUCAGAACAUGGCUCACCACCAAAAACAACCUCAGCUGAUUCAGGGCAAUCCGUUACCUCUAACACCGGGAAGGUCAGACCGAGCCGAGUGCAGAGUGUCGUGUCUAGUCAAGGCAGCCUGGAUUCUGAUAUGCUGGGUUAUGAUGGGGGAAGCAGUGAGUCUGAAUGUGAGGACUCCACAAAGGAUGAGCAAGAGCCACGAUGCCCCCUCAUGCCAGAAUUCUGGAUUAUUGUGAAAAUCGACCAAGACAGAGUGGUGGUUUACUCCCACUCUAGAAUCUGUAAUGAAAGUCAAGAGAAUAUUAUGGGGGAAACAGAAAAGGAGGAUGAUGAAAUGCCAGAGCACUUACAGCUGCAUCAAAUAGUGGUGCGAAAAAUUGGAGAGAUGUGUCGCAUUGUUAAUCAGCGGCUCCUGCUGCAGGAUCUUCAUGACAGUCACGUAUGCAAUUCUCUGCUGGUGGCAGAGAGCGAGGAAGAUAUCUGGAAAAAUGAGUCCCUUUACAGACAGAGGAUGACAAAUUCUGAUGACUAUACCACAGAAGAGAACUAUCAGCCAAGGAACUACCUGGCAGCCACAAUGCAGUUUAUGCCAGGCCAUUUUGCCUGUGAUGUGGUGUGGAGCACUGUCAUUCCCAUUCACUCCCGCCUUAAGAUGGGGCCCAAUAUGGGUGUUUCUCGGGCAAUCCAGGCUCUACGUUCAGUGCUUAAUGCCUUUUGUGUGGUGAACAGAAAGAAUAUGUUUGUCUACCAGGAACGCACCACCAAAUCAGUCUUCUAUCUCAGACUAUCUGAGACACAUCAGACCGGAAAGGUUUCAGACUUGGAUGGCAAUUCCCUACAUGUGUCUCGCUCAGUUGGGCUCGCCCGUAGCCAAGAGCCUGUUUUCACUGAAGAUCUUUUGGGCUCCCGUUCCUCCUUGGAAGGUUCCCGACCCAUUGGACAGGUUGAUAAACACAUUCUGCUGCGGGUGCAUGGUGUAAGUCAAGCAGGUCCAGAGAUUACAGAUGAAUUAGUCAAGGUACUGCGGAAGCGGCUUGACGAAGCCACAUUAGACAUCAUCACUGUCAUGCUUGUUAGGAACUGCAAACUUACCCCAUCUGAUGUUGAGUUCAUCCAGCCUCCAGGGUCUGCUUCCACUGAAGUGAUAGCAUUUCUUCUGCCGCAAUACUCUCUGCCCUGGAUCCAGGCAGUGGCACACUACUUGCGUCAAAACUUGCUCAUCUUUCUGCAUAUUCCCAAGUACACAGACAGCAAUAUCGAGCAUCAUUUUAAGCAUUAUUUUCAUCUGAAUUGCGAGCUACCUGACUCUGAUAUCUACCUCUAUAACAAGCCUGGAGGUCAAGGAACAGGAGGAAAAGGAAUAGCCUGUAUUGCCCUUUCGUUUGUGGAUGCUCAAGGUAACCCCUGGCAGGUUCCAGCCCAAGGUGGCUCUGCGCCUUCGCAAGGAGACACCUCUGCUAUAACGCUCCAUUCAGAUCAGUUUGAAUCAUUAACCAGAGUUGUUAAAGUGGACUCUCAUGCUGUUCUGACAGAAGCACAGAUUUGUGUUCGCUUUGAUAUAUGGGAGCAGGGCAAUGUUAGUCCUCUUGAGCUAACAGACAAGCUGCAAGGUGCCCUUCGACAUGCUUUAUGUGACGUUAUUAUGGAACUCAAAGUGCUGCCAAAUCCCCUUUGUUUGGAGACAUUUUGCUUGCCCACAGCCAUGGUUCUGGAACAGAAAGAAAACACAAAUAGCAUUUCAGAAAACAAGGACUUGCACAGACAGUUUAGUUAUCCCUGGGUCAUUAAAAGCAGCUCUUCUCCCUUUACCCUGACCCCAGCACCUAGUACUACCCCAAGCACUGGCACAAAUACCCCAGAGUCCACCACACCUACUGGUAAAACGGUCCGGCGUAGCUUUUGGGAAAUACUGAGCAAGCCUGAUCCAGCUGAACUGGGGAGUCCUAAGACAACAGAUGACAUUGUUCCAGAGCGAGGAGAGGACAGCCGAGUUGCACGACGGAGGCACAAAACAGAAAAUGUGAAGCAGCAAUGGAGUCAGGAGAAGAUCAUGGCUACUGAGUUGGAACAAGCCCAGAGGAGACAUGUGACUCAGUUAGAGGAGGGAGACACCGGGACUCUACAUCAAGUGUACCAAGGCACCUGUCAGUCUUGGGUUAAUUUCAUGGCCAAACUGGGGUGUCCUUCAAUCCAGCAGUGCACUGUGGAGAUUGCAUCUCUGUUUCUGCUUCCUUCUAUCCUGAUGGAGAUCAUGAAUCUUGUCAGCUCUUUUGCCAGUGAUACAACAAUGAAGGCAUUUGAAAGGACAAGGUAUCCUCAAGGAAACACAUUUGUCCCACUUAUCCAUCAUCCCAAUAAGCCUUUUCCCACAUCUGGGCAUUUUAUCCUCAUUGGGCGCAAUUUCCAUCAAUGGCGUUACAGCACAGAACAAGAAAACUGUUCAGAUGAAGAAAACACACCAGUGGUUAAUAGGUCCACACCUCGUAAGGGGCUCCAGCGUUUCGAGGCUCUGGAGCAGUGUGACUGGUUCAUCGCUACAAAGCAAUGGAAAGGAGUGGCUCCAAGACAGCGGUUUCUCAUUGUCCAAAUUGUGGACAAGAAGGUAACCCUCUGCAUCUACAAUUGGUCUGUAGACCUGGGAGCCUCUUUGAUUCGUGAGCUAAUCCGGCUGGUCCAGUGGCAAAAUGCCCGAUCACAUGUUGUCCACUGCUUGCUCAGCCAGAAAAUGGGUUUGUUCCACCACUGCUGCUUCUCAGACCCACCAGCAAAUGAGGACCUCAAACAGGAACCCAAUCCCUUCCUUAACUCUACACUGGAUGCAGAUGCCUUGCUCCGCAGCCCUGUUCCUCCUGUACCCAGCAAAGACCAAGGGAGACUAAGCAGCUCUGGACGAAACUUGCACCUGAUGCACUUCCCUCAUGAAUUAGUUCCUUUUGAUGAGGCCCUGAGGGAAAUCAGCAUUAGCCGGGCAAUAGCUUGCAUGCAUGACUCUGCAAGUGGUAUGGACACUGUGUCGUGGCAUGGAGCCCAGCUACUUGAAAUCAAGGCUGCAGAGCGCAGAGAAAUGGAGAAGCAGAUGAAGAUCGAGAACCUUUUUGUGACAUGGCAGCAGAGAUCUGCACAAUCCAACAUGCCGAUUUCAGUUGCUGAUCUGGACACCCUAAAACAGUCUUCUCGUCUUGUCCAUUACUGUGCUACCCCUCUGCUCUUCGAUCCCAUUUUCCGCAAACAGAUUCAAGAGGACCAAGUAAUCCAUUCCCAUGUUAAGAAACGCCACCGUUCCAAUGACUCCACGUUCACGGGACGGGAUCGUAGCUGCAACACAGAUGCAGCUGACAUGCUACCCAGCCGACUCCGAGAAGAGGCCUGGCUACAGGACAUCUCCAACACUUUCCUGCAGCAGUAUGUUCAGUACCUGCAGAGCAUAGGCUUUAUCUUGGUGCAGGUUCGACCUCCAUCUCCUAUGCGAAGCAUAGCUCGAGCCAGAGCUGCGGCCUUCAGUUCACAUUCUACAGAAGGGAGAGCAUCCUUCUCUUAUAAUAAGCAGAAAAGUGAGGAGAGUCCCAAGCAGAGCAGUGGGUUAGGAACUACUGCCUAUCACCUUCAGAGAGCUCUACCAGGGGGAAUUGUGCUAAUGGAGCUUGCCUUUCAAGGCUGUUACUUCUGUGUGAAACAGUACGCAUUGGAAUGCUCCCGGAUCCCAAUGGGCCAAACAGUCAAUUCCCAGGGCUCCCUCCUUACCAAACCACCUAGCAAGCUGUACACCGAGACCACCUCCGUCUCUGACUCUGCGCUAUCCAUGCUCUUCACAGAGGAAUGCGACAAAGUACGAGACUUGAUGCACGUGCAUUCUUUCAGCUAUGACUUUCACCUCCGUGUGGUGCACCAGUACUUGGUUGGCUGCCACAUGACCUUGCGUCAAGGCUACCAGCUCACCAGUUUUCUAGAGGACUUCAUGGCCCACCAUCCUGAUAUUCCUAAAUUUGGUCGCAAUCAUGUCUUCCAAGGAAGUUAUUCAGUCUCUACGGACAUGAUAACUGCACACCAGCUCUACAAUUAUAUUACUGAUCAUGCUGGAACCUAUGGGAUGAAGCCCUUACGCAUGUCCAAGGCUGCAACAAUCACUGACAGUAAAAAGGGGGGGCAAAGCACAGAUUUGCAUGAGUAUGCACUUGUGGCACACUGGAACAGCUCAGGAUCCUACAAGGACUUAGAAGGUUUACGUCACCACGAUGACUUUGAUGUGUCCCUUCUGGUUUGUCAUAAUGCUGCCCCAUUUGAGGAACAAUCAGAAGAGGAAAGGCAUUUGCUAAGACUGUGCUACUACGUAAUCAUGACCAGCCAGCGUGAACUUUUCCCUCGACUGACAGCUGACAUGCAGCGGUUCAAGAAGCUUCCGCAGAUCCACAGGGACUCCAGAAGUAUGCAAGGAAAGAACACAGAGGAACACAUGGAAAUGGGCAGAGCCCAGGACACUGACCUGGACCUAUGGGAAGAAGAUUCUUCCUUUGUAGGCAGCAGAUACAAUUUUGGGCCUGAACCUGAAAGGGUGCCCCCGCUACUUUGCUAUUUCUCUCCACUCUUUCCAUUGCUUAAUUCAGAGGUGAACUAUGCCCAAAGACAAAUUCAAACAAGUGUGGAGCAAGCCAUGGGGCAUUGCCGGAGGGACAAUUUAUGGAGGCGGCUUUUUCAUGGGGAGCACCUUGCUUCAGACAAGCUCAAGUUAAGUAAACUGUCAUUCGGUGAGCUGGAGGAACUACUUGGUGCUGUGCAGAGUGAAUCCAUUGGUGACAUUGACCCACAGCUGGAUUGCUUCCUGACCAUGAGUCCAGGUUGGUAUCAAAGUCUAAUCAAGGUGUUGCUGCAGCGGUUCCCUCAGAGUUGCCGGCACUUUGUGGAUGACAGUGGGAUCCAAUACCUGGCUGUCCUGAAUCAAAAAUUCACUGACUGCUUUGUUCUCGUCUUUCUUGACACUCCGGCAGGGAAAACGAGCCUUAAAGUUGUUUUCAGAGAACCAUUACCAUCCCACACACAACCUAGCAACAGCCCAUUACCCCAGCUGGUGUCCAUGUACCAUCACUUGGAAUCAGUGAUCAACACAGCGUGCUUCAACCUCUGGACUGGACUGCUCACUUAGUAUUAACUUUUCAUUAUAUUUAGUAUUUAUAUUGGCACCUUAUUUUGCUAAAUAUUUAGCUGUACAGUUAGAGCUUUAAGUGUUAUUACUACUUGUAGUUGAGGGGUACUCAAGUAUUCUUCAGCAAUUUGAAACAGAGGAUCCAAAUGUCUGUGCAAAAUAACUGCUUAGCACAGAAAAUGUUUGGAUAAAGAAACUAUAGUUAACAUGAUUUCUUUACGUUUAAGGAUUUUUUUUUUUUUUUUUUUAAAUGUGGUCUAAAAAGCAUUUGGUGGUUAACCUUAUACACUGAAUUACACUUACAACCUUGACCAUGCAGUACAUGGAAUAUGU